AUGAUCCGUGCCUCCUCCGAGCGGGUGGUGGGCCGGCAUGGCGGCUCCUCCACCCUACGAACCACGCUCUCCUGUGCGUCCCUCGCCUCAAGCGGACUUUUUACAGAGACGCUGAUGUCUCGCCGCAGUGCUCGCAGCGCCUCGCUGUCGCCGGCCCCUAAGUCCCGAGGGCAUGGGCGUUGCUAUUCGCCCCGACGCUUCGCAUCGCGGCACGUGCCCACGGCCGCCGAAGAGCUGGCCCAGCACAGCCAGGUCCUGGAGCCCUCGGUGAUCAAGCGCUUCGACGGCCUCAUGAGGCACCUGAAGCGUAACACCGACAAGCAGGACUUCGAAAAACAGGUGCUAGCCUCGCCGCCGGACGUCCUCGUGCCCGAGGAGUACGACGAGGUUCUCCGUGGGGAGUUCUCGCGCCACUGCAGCUUUGGUGAACGACUGAACACCGAGCUGAUGCAUUCAGGAAAGUGGGUCAAGAUGCUGAAAGAGCUCGGGUUCGUGCCGGGUCCUGGCAAGGCCAAAGGACCAUGCCUGUCGUCCCUUGCAGUCGCCGACAUUAUCUUCCAGAGAGUGCUCCAUGACACGGACUACGGUGGUAAGCGCCUGACCUACGACUUCUUUUGCAAGGCACUUUGCCUGGUGGCAGUGAACAUGUAUCCCAACAUGGAUUGGGAGGCGGCCAUGGGCGAGCUCCUGCAGCGCAUCGCCACAGCUGCAGAGGAGUUUCAAGAGCAGGCUGCAGCUAACGAGCCAGCGGACUUCUCGCUGGACCCCAAUGUCCUGCUCGUGCUGGACCACUUCAAGCCCAAGCUGAGGAGUUUCCUCUCAGAUUGGUCUCUUGCACCGCCAAGUGAUGCCUUACAGGAGGUCCUGGAGCGUAGGGCUGCGCCUCGCAGCUACGAGCGGGUGGUGGUUUGUGCAGAGGUACAAGCCGCACUGCUGGCGAAACACGGCCGGCUCUGCAAAGAAGAGAGUGGCUACUCGGAAGAUAAGGAGCUCUUCGACGACCAGUGGCGGGAGACCUUCCAGCUGACUCUGGGGAUGCCUUGCCUUGUGCCGGGCUCGGGGCAGCUGGCAGCCUACUUGGGAGAGCAGGAGGCGGAGCAUGCGGAGCGCUGCAAGGAGCCGCGCGUUCGCCUGCGGGUGAUCGCCCCGCACGAACCGGCGGAGGCGGAGCAAAGCUGCGAGCGGCGGCAAGUUCUGCCGCUGCCCACGGCGCCGGCCUCCGUUGGAGACUGGGUGCUCUGCGUCGAGAACGAGCGGCUUCUUGCAAAGCCGGGGCUCUGCCUCGAGGCGCUCCCGGAAACACUCGGCAAAACGCACUUCCUCGUGGCCUUCCCGCAGCAGGAAUCCAACGCCCAGGUGCCGCCGGAGAUCUCCUGCAUCGACCAGCGAGAGCUGGUCGCUUUGCCGGCGAAACACUCUGACUGGCUCACGCCGGUGGAGGAGACUCUGAAGAAUUGCCACGAGGUGCGUGCAGCACUUCAAGAUCUACAGUUGCCUCAAGCAAUCAUCGCUGACGAAGCCGAAGACGAGGAGGAGGAGGACUCCUCGGAGAGCUGUACUCUCGAAGCCGAAGACGAAGACGAAUCAGAGGGCCAUAGCCCGGGGAAGAUGCGAACUCGACAGCCUGAGCACGACCUCUUCGGCUCCUUUGCACGGCGCCAGUUGCCGAGCCCCAUGGAUGCCAGGACCGGGACGGGCACGACGCGCUUGAAGGAGCGAUCGAUUUGGAAGCACACGCAGGACACGGUCUUCGCCUCUCGAGCCUCCUCUUGCAUGUUGGGAGGCACCCUCAGGGACGAUGAUCUUCCAGAAAAUCAGGACGAGACGUCCAUGAGCCCAGGGCUACCGGCCGUCAAGGAAGUCUUUGAAGAACACAGCGAAGCCACUGGCGCCCCGGAGUCGGAUACCCGUCCGGAGCAGGACAGCUUGGAUCCCAACCCCGAGGCGUCGUUGCCCCACCAGGUGGCGUCGCCGGAGCGGGGCUCUCCCGAGCGGCGGAGACGGCCGCAGCUGCCCUCCGGCGCUUUCUCAGGCAGCGGCUUCUUGAGCCCGAAGUCCGGAUCGGCUUCCGGGCAGUCCUUGCUGGCCUGGGCCGAGCAGAAGGGCCUCUGCAGCCCUGUGAGCCCCGACAGCCGGAGGUCGACAAUGAGCAGCCGCGCCGGCAAGUGGAGCCCCGCAGCCAAUGAUCCCUACUCUUAUGCCUGCGGCAGUCCUACCAUGAGGAAUCGACGUAGCUUCAUGUCGCUGGAGCAGCUUUUCGCUCUCUGUAAGGAGCUGAAGAUCAUGCCGGAUUUGAUGAGCAGACAAGCUGUGGUGCGCAUCUUCAAGAGAGCACAGUGCGCAGGUUCGGCAAGUGCACAUGGUGGCAGUAACUUCGGAUACCUGUCGCAAGAGGCAGCGUUCAGCCUCACAUGCCUUUUGACGAGUUUUGACGGCCUCCUUUUUUCCAUCUCGUGGUCCAGGCUCGCCCCAGCGAGGAUGUUCAUCUGCUGUGUGGACUCGUCAGCGGAUGACAAGGAGCUGCCCCCUGCCAAGCUGGUCACAUCAGACGAGGUGCUGCCUGCCCGCUCGUCCACAGUGGCGCAAGAGCUGACAAUCGGAGCCCGCCCGGCCAAGGAGGAGUGCUUCACUUUCAGUGUUGACGUGGUGCGAUCGCCGGGAACGAGCUUUGGCGUGGACAUCUCGGCGGCCGGGAAGGUUUGCAUGGUGAACGCAGUGCAGGCAGGAAGCCUGGUGGGGGACUGGAACAACCAGUGCACUCCCGACCACCGGAUCCGACAGUACGAUCGCCUGAUGGCAUUCAAUGGCGAUCGGCCCUCCAAAGGGAAGGAGAUGCUGGAAAAGCUUCGAGAUGCCUCAGGUCCCGUGACCAUCACCGUGCAGCGACCGGUGGUCCAGCAGGUGAUCGUUUCGAAAAACGGCAAGGAGCUGGGCCUCGGCGUCAUCGAUGGACAGAGCUUUCUCCUAGUUACGAGGAUCGCAGAGGGCGCCGUCAACGACCACAACCUUGCGGCUGCAUCGGACCAGGUCAUCAAGGUGCCGAGCCGGAUCGUGACGGUGGAUGGCAAGAAGGGCUCCGGAGCGGAGCUGUUAACGCUGAUGGAGAAUGUUGCUGGGUCGGAAGGCACAUGUCUUGGAAUUGAGUUCAUGCAGCCUGCAGCUUUCGCAGUGAGCAUUUUCAGUGGACGGGAAUCUGCGAAAGCUGGGCUGAAGGCUUUUGUGGACGCCAUGGGCCGGAUCGCGGUUCAGGCUUACACCGAGGAGCCUUAUUGUGACGAGUAUCCAGAGCCUCACGAGAAGAUUCUGGCCUUCUUGUCCGACCGCCUGCCGGGACAGAUCAGGACGAUGCGCGAGAGCUUUCGCUAUGGCUGCAGUGGCCGUGGCCCAGCAGUGACGCCCGGCUACAUUGGCAGGCGCUGA